AUGCCACCACCACAAACGCUGAUUAUUGACAUCCAUUCUUCAGCUUAUUCGAAACAAUCACAUUCGUUUCCGACGCCUUUUAAGUGUAAUGGUGAAUUUUGCAAUUUUGGAUUGCAAUUGAGUCAGGAAAAUGGACAUCAAGAUGGACGACGAGCUGUAGUACCGCCUAAAUCUGCUGCAGCAUCGGCACUGGCACUUUUGUUCACUAAACACGAACUUGACGCGUUUGGAGAUGUGCAUUUAGAUCGACUUUUGGUAGCAAUGGAAGUUGCUCAGUCGACAAGAAUAAAUACCGAAGAAAUGAAUCAUCAAGAGAUGCGGGUCAUCACGUACAAAAAUAUUGCAUUAAGUAGAAAAAACAGAGAGCAUUGGCAAAAAACAAUAAGAAACUCUGGUUAUCUGCAGUCUGUUACAGAAAUAUCCACCUUCCCGAUACAGAUUGGAAGACGACGACAGUCCCGUUUCCUUAAAAACACUUUAUCUCAGGAGCUACGUGAAAAUUCUCGAUCGCGUGGGUAUGGAGAAGUGGAUCAUGUGGCAAGUUACUAUCGCCAAGUACGCGUUUGUGAAAGAUGCUACGCUGUAUACACGUUAUUAGAUCUCGCACGACAGCUGACGCUCGGAACACUUGAAGCAGAUGAAAAGGUUGUUGUGCAACAACAAAAACAGCAUCUUAAGCGAAAGAGGCGACUUAUUAAUCAUCAGCGAAAUCGAAUAAAGAGCAAGUUGAAAGAGCAGGUGGCAUUGAAUUUUCGAGACAAAAACAGGAAAACGCGACGAAAGAAGUACGAGCUUUUGCCGGUUAGUGAGUUGAGCGAACACAGCGACGACGUCGAUGAUGCCGGAAGCUCUUUAAUAUUACCAGCUUUAGUUUCUAGUGGCAAUACUGCUAUAAAUCAAGCUGAUCUUGGUAAGACGAAUCAAGCCAAGUUGGCAAGUCAACAUACAGUUACGAUGCCCUCGAUACAAGCUACUGCAUUACCAAGGAGUGACACAAAACCUCCUUCGACUUUUUCAUUAGGCCAAUCGCGUGAAAAAAAGCUGCUUUUGCAAACCAAUGAAACUUGUAAAGGCAUAGACAAUUACUUGCGCGGCGUGACAAAAUUCAUUAAAGCACCGUCCCUUGAACCCGGACAAUUCUUUAGAAAAGAAUUGACAGCAAAUCGAUCCACGACAGCUGAUCGCUUAGCGAUCGCGCUAUCACUUCUUCUUAUUUCCUCAGACACUGCAUUGCUGGACGACAUGCAUCGAAUGCUUCAAAGUCUUAAAUCGUCUACUAUUGCGCUUGAAAUCGAGAGUAUGACAAAUGGUCGACUCGCGUUGCGUGUAGCCCAGGACUUUGAUUAUGAUGUAAUACUUAUCGAGCGACAACUGGGAGGAGACGACCUAAAUGGACUUGAAUUUUGUCGACUACUGCGGCAGUCACAGCUCAAGAGCAGUCUUCAUCGACAUGCCUUCUCAACGGUAAUUUGCAUAAGCUCCGAGCUGACGCCGAAUGAUCUUCAGCUGUACAAAGACAGCGGUAUGGAUGGCUGCAUCGGAAAGCCGAUUGAUAGCGCAUUACUUCUUCGCAUGCUUCGGGCAGCUCCACAAAUCCAUAAUACACGGUUUUCUUGUCAGCGAUCAUCGUUGUCUUCACUAGAAUUCGAAAAAGCAAAGGACAAACGGCGAAGAAGGCAACAAAGACACCAAAAUCGACUGGAAAUUUCCCAAGCUCUGACGAUGCCUGGUCUUGAUGGAAAAGUUGAUGCACGGGACGACGUAAUUCACGGCAUAUUUCAUAUGGACGCCGAGACUGCCAUACCAUUUUGUGUGAUGGGUGGUACUCGGACGACUAUAAGCGAUUUGGAUACAGACUUGAAUUCUGCUGCAGCCAUUGAUUACACGCUAUUCUGGCCGCGUUCAAGCGCUCUUGUGGAACUAUCCGGGUGGCAAACGAUCAUUACGAGACAAGCCGUAUCAUUUAAUUGGAAUUGGCAACGUUUUACCCAUGUGGAUCCACAACUCGCUCAAUUUCUGCAUGAUACUGCAAAGGUACUGACGUGCACACCAGAGUCACGACCGGAUCUUCCCGUCUUUUUUCACGCUCGGUAUCUUUUUUCAAACGCAUAUCUCGCGCGCGUUUCCACGCCUUUAGCACUCAAUCUGUACACUGCAGUAGUGAAUCCUAUUACACUUGACGGUCGACGGGCUCUCACUACUGAAUAA